CCACAGAUCUACAUCUGUCGUGAUUCAAUACUGCCCAGAUUGUGUUCCAAGCGCAUGGACGACCGACAGUACAUGACGCCGCCCAUCGUGCUGUAUUUGUGAAGAUUCAUUCCCUCCAGCCCGGUGAAUUAUACACUGGAGCCUCUGGGCAGCAUCCACGCCUGCCUCAACCGCGUGAAGCAAACAUGCUGCCAUACAUAUAUAUUUCAGCCAGCCUCUUCGUUGCUAGAGGUCGGUUUACCGGAGCAACUGCAUCGCCACGGAUCGAAUCUCCAUCGCCGCGAUCAUUUGGAAUACAUCCAUCAUGCUAGUGGUACCCGCAACAGUUCCUUCAUGGAGGCAGCUUGUGGACGUGUACGGUAACCCCCUCUGGGCACGCUGGUUGUGGCAAUCUGACGUGAAACAGGCCAGUACAACAAAUGGGGCCGACCGAUUUGACCAUGUACAGCAACGGCGAGCAAAUCAAAAUGCACAAAUACUUGUUGUACCUAAAAUCCCCUUUCUUCCGCGGAAUCUUCGACCUCGAUGGGUGGGAGGUAGGCUGCGCGCGUGCUACUAUCGAGAAGCUAAGAAGCGCUGACCUUCCAUCGCAGACUCGAGCGCCCACCAAUCACUUCAUGAUGUAUGACAACCCAGACGAAUUGCGGAUUGUCAAGCAUUGGCUCUACACCUCCGAGUGGAGUGAGGAGUACAGUGGGCAAUACCCCAUGGACUUGGCGGUCAAGGUGUACGUGCUGGCCGAUAAAUGGGGCCUCGACACGUUACGAGCGCAAGUGCCCGAGCGAUUGAUCAUGUUGUUCGGCUGUGCAGCUCACAACAAGAUCCCCGACUUCAUCGCAACGGUGCGCGCGGCGGAGAAGUGUAGUAGUGCUUCCCAGCAGACGUUGUGGGAGGUCGUUUUGGAAAUCUUCCGAUCGAACGCUUUAGUCCUGCUGCGAGAUCGUUACAUCAUCGACCUUGUUGGGGAUAUGCCGGUGCUGCGAGUUGAUCUGGAGGCCAUGGGGCUCUUGGGGCCUAUUGCAGUAUGAGCAGCAUUGGGGCGAAUUGCUGGGCCUUCCAGGUCGUGAAUUGGCGGAAUGAGCUUGAUCAAUUUCAAUGUUAUCACACAUAUAUCCCACAACUCAAACCAUCUUCAAGUAAUC